CAAAACAGCUGAUUUUUCCAAAACAAAUAAGCGAACGCUGACGUUUUAAUUUAUUACUUGGUAAACAAAUUUACUUCCUCAAACAGCUUUUGUGGGAUCGAAAAACACAUAGGAACACAAAAUGACGUUUCUAUAUAUAUUAAGUUGGAUAGCAAUGGUGAUACACAUCGUCUUUAUCACAGUCUCAAUUGCGGCUGGUCUCUAUUACAUUGCUGAACUGGUGGAAGAGUACACACAAACUGCACGGAAACUGAUCACGUUUAUGAUUAGCGCCACGGUUUUUGUUUACAUAUUAUUCAUAUUCUGCGAUAACUUGCCGUGGAGCAUGAUACUUUGUGGCUUUGCGGCGCAAGCUUUCCACGGCCUCAUCAUGACCAGUUUUCCUUUCAUACGGUUCCUGUCAGUACCUUUUAUUGGGGCACUAGUAUUUUUGAUUAUAAACCACUUUUUGGCAUUUCAACAUUUCACAAGCGUUUACUAUCCGUUUAUGCAGGUGCUAGCAUACUUCACUAUAUGCCUCUGGAUGGUGCCCUUCUCGCUCUUUGUAUCCCUCAGCGCAAAUGAUAAUGUACUCCCGACGACUGUAAACGACAGUAUGGGAAGUCAAGAUGUAGUAACAAACUACUUUUCACGCGGGAAAAAGCAGGGUCUACUCUCGUUCUUUAAUUAUGCUAAAGAUAGCUUAUUGCCAACACGAAACAAGAAAUCCUUUUAAUGAUGCAUCAUUUUGGAUGCAAAAAUAAACUUAUUUCCAAACAAAUAUUUAAGAAGAACGGACUACUACUAAUGAGCAAUUUAGUUUAGGAGAAAAGUCUUGGUAAUUGAAUUAUUUAUUACAUUUGUAAAUGAAAUAUAAAAAAACACGAUUAACUUAA